AGGGAGUCACCUGUCCCCCAUUUUGCGUUAUUGGCAAUCGAUAACACCACGCUAUAAAUAUCCAGUAGAUGGGCUCAACAAUAACAUUCAAUCAACAAUCAUGGCUCUUCACGCGUUUACGGUAAUAAUUUUGACAGGUCUUCUAAGCCAUCAUAUUGUUGGAUUUGGGCUGCUCGAACAUUUGGGGUUGAUACCAACAGACGAGGAAACUAUUGAAAGUGAUGUCCCAGAAAAAGAUUUCUCGUUGAUGGGCACUUAUCAGUCUAACCAUCGACAUCCUGCAUCCGGUUCGACUACCGGGCUUGGCCAACAUUCGGGUACAUCUCACGGAGGUGGUUUAGCUGGAGGAUUCGGGCAGGGGCAAGGUUUGGGAAGUGCCUCCAGUGGCAGUUCAGCAGAAUCGUCAGGGUUCACGUCAGGCGGUUCUAGUGGUAAUGGAUUCGGAUCCGGUGUAGGAUUCGGAAGUACUGGAGGUGGAUCUGGUGCCGUUGGCGGUGGUUUUGGUUCCGGGUUCGGCAGUGGAUCCGGAUCUAGUGGCGGCGGAUUUGGUUCUGGACUGGGCGGUGAAAUCGACGAAGAAGAAAUUGGAAAUUAUGGCAAUGGCGGACAAGAACAUGGACCGGAUUUUGGAAACGGAUUCGGAGGUAGUAACGGUGGAUCUUCUGGGACCGGGUUUGGAAAUGGAUUUGGGGGUGGAAACGGAGCUGGCUUAGGUGGGGGUGGUGGAGAAGCUUCAGGCUUUGGUGGGGGACAUGGCAGUGGUUUUGGCGGUGGCAACGGAGCUGGUUUCGGAAGCGGUAACGGAGGAGGUUUAGGAGGUGGUCCUAGUGGGCCUUCAAGCUUUGGUAUACAUGGAGGAUUUGGUACCGGUAGUGUAGGAGGAAACGGCGGUAAUUUUGGAAGUGGUACCGGAGAAGGCUUGGGAGGAAGCAACGGAGAAGCAUCAGGUUUGGGAGCCGGACAAGGAAGCGGUUUUGGAGCCGGACAAGGCAGUGGUUUUGGAGCCGGUCAAGGCAGUGGUUUAGGAAGUGGCAGCGCAGGAGGUUUCGGAAGUAGUAGUGAAGAAGGCUUAGGAGGAGGCCAUGGAGAAUCUUCAGGUUUUGGAGCCGGACAUGGUAGUGGGUUUGGGACCGGUAGCGGAGGAGGUUUUGGAGGUGGUAGUGGACAAACUUCGGGCUUUGGAACAGGACAUGGCAGUGGUUUUGGAGGGGGCAAUGGUGGUGGUUUUGGAAGCGGUAACGGAGGAGGUUUUGGAAGCAGCCAUGGUGGACCGUCAAGUUCAAGUACACAUGGAGAAUUUGGUACCGGUAGUGGAGGAGGAAACGGUGGUGGUUUUGGAAAUGGUAAUGGAGAAGGCAUGGGAGGAAGCAAUGGAGAAGCUUCAGGCUUUGGGGCCGGACAAGGUAGUGGUUUUGGGACUGGUAACGGAGGAGGUUUUGGAAGCGGCAGCGGAGGAGGUUUUGGGGGUGGAAACGGCGGUGGUUUUGGUAAUGGUGGUGGUGGAGGUUUUGGGGGAAGCAAUAGUGCACAUUCGAGUUCUAGUAUACAAGGGGGAUUUUCUAACGGUAAUGGAGGUUUCGGAGGAGGAUUUGCAGGCAGCAAUGGACGGCCAUCAGGUUUUGGAUCUGGACAAGGUAGUGGGUUCGGAAGUGGACAAGGAGCAGGAUUCGGUUCAGGAAGUGGAUUCGGUGCUGGUUCAGGUAGCGGUUUUGGUUCCAGUUCUAGUCAGGGUCAUGGUGGAGUCCAUGGUGGAAGUGGGUUCGGAGGUGGCUUUGGGUUUAGUGCUAGUGGAACUGGUAGUGGUCGAUUUUUAACUUUCUUGAAAUAAAAGUACCCAAUAUUAAAGAAAAUUAAACAUUAUAAACAUGUAUUCUACAAUUAAAUAAAUACAUAAUAUGACGUGGUAUGUAUUUCUUUAAAUCAA